CAACAACGCACCGUGGCUGGCAGCGCCUCGUCCGGAGGCAGAAUGUGGGACAUCUCACGGAAUGAUUAACCCCACAUUAACCCCCUUACUACCCCGCAGCACGGCUCCACAGGAAGACCAGGGAGACCACUGAACCACGGACAUGGCAGCUCAGGCCAUAGAUCUGAUCAGAGUGAAGGAACUCGUUGCAAAGUGUUUGGAGGCGCGGAAAAUGGCUUACUGUCCGUACAGCCAGUUCCCCGUCGGUGCCGCCAUCCUGACAGCAGAUGGCGCCAUAAUCACAGGUUGUAACGUGGAGAACGCCUCCUACGGGCUGACGGUGUGUGCUGAGCGCACCGCCAUUCAGAGGGCGGUGGUGGAGGGACACAGGUCGUUCACGGCCAUCGCUGUCACAUGCGACAUUAAGGACCACUUCGUGGGUCCGUGCGGGGCGUGUCGCCAGGUUCUCAUGGAGUUCGGGGGCCAGUGGGUGGUCUACCUCACCAAGCCAGACGGGUCGUACAGAGAGACCAGCCUGGAAGAGCUGCUGCCCCUCCCCUUCUCCCCCCGCCACCUGGGGAAGGACUGACCCGUCUGUCUGUCUGUCUGUCUGUCUGUCUGUCUGUCUGUCUGUCUGUCUGUCUGUCUGUCUGUCUGUCUGUCUGUCUGUCUGUCUGUCUGUCUGUCUGUCUGUCUGUCUGUGCUCUCUUGAAUAGUUAACGUUAGGAAGUCAAUGAUCAUUUGUUGCAUAAUCAAUCAAAAGCAAAGGUUGUUAUGUUAUUAUGUUAUUUUAUUAUAGUUGUGUGUCUGUUGAAGAAAUAAUUAAUUAAAAAUGUUUGUCUGAAUUUGUUUUAUUUUUCGUUACACGUAUAAUUUUUAAAGCAUCAAUUGUUAUCUUGAUGAUGAAUGGCUUCUUUAACUGUUUGUGCACUGUUUAAUAAAAUAUGAUUUGACCACCAAAAAUAAAAAA